AUGGCAUCUGCAGCUACGCGUGUCACGAACUGUGAGCUGCGGCCGGUGAAGUCAGAGGUUUGGGGAAGAGAACCGGGUGGUCCACCUCAAGUGACGAUUCCAAGACCGAAAGCGGCGCGAACAUUGUGUUGCAGCCGCGUCUGUUUCGUGUAUCAGAAGCCGCCUCAGCCACUGCUUCUUGGGUUUCUCCCUUCUCCCUGA